AUGAAAUUUCCAAUUGAGACUCCAAGAAAACAGGUGAACUGGGAUCCUCAAGUGGCUGUUCCCUCACCAGUGCCAGCUUGUGAACCUGAGCCCAAAACUAACGGGCAUUACCCAGCUCCACGACUCUCCAUUUCCUCCCGAGCCACGGUCGUUGCUACCAUGGAAGCCCCUUCUCAAGGCCUGCAGACAGUCAUGAAGUGGAAAACAGUGGUGGCCAUCUUUGUUGUGGUGGUAGUUUACCUGGUGACGGGAGGACUCGUCUUCCGUGCCCUGGAGCAGCCCUUCGAAAGCAGGCAGAAGAACACAAUCGCACUAGAGAAGGCUGAUUUUCUUCGGGAGCAUGUUUGUGUAACCCAGCUAGAGCUGGAGACGCUGAUUCAGCAUGCUAUUGAUGCUGAUAAUGCUGGAGUCAGUCCCAUAGGAAAUUCCUCUAACAACAGCAGUCAUUGGGACCUUGGAAGUGCCUUUUUCUUUGCUGGAACAGUCAUCACAACUAUAGGGUAUGGGAAUAUUGCUCCAAGCACUGUUGGAGGCAAGGUUUUCUGCAUCUUGUAUGCCAUCUUUGGGAUUCCACUGUUUGGCUUCUUGCUGGCUGGGAUUGGAGACCAACUUGGAACCAUCUUUGGGAAGGGUAUCGCAAGGGUGGAAAAAGUUUUCAGAAAAAAGCAAGUGAGUCAAACAAAGAUUCGGGUGAUCUCCACCAUCCUCUUCAUCCUGGCAGGCUGCAUUGUCUUUGUGACCAUUCCUGCAGUUAUCUUCAAACACAUCGAGGGAUGGACAGCCUUGGAGUCCAUCUACUUUGUGGUCGUCACUCUGACUACCGUUGGCUUUGGUGACUUUGUAGCAGGAGGAAAUGCUGACAUCCAUUACCGGGAGUGGUAUAAACCCUUAGUGUGGUUCUGGAUCCUCGUUGGCCUUGCCUAUUUUGCUGCUGUCCUGAGUAUGAUUGGAGACUGGUUAAGAGUCCUGUCCAAGAAGACAAAAGAAGAGGUUGGAGAAAUAAAGGCCCACGCAGCUGAGUGGAAAGCAAAUGUGACAGCUGAGUUCAGAGAGACAAGGAGGCGGCUCAGUGUGGAGAUCCACGACAAACUUCAGCGGGCAGCCACCAUCCGGAGCAUGGAGCGCAGGCGCCUGGGCCUGGACCAGCGAGCCCAUUCCUUAGACAUGCUCUCCCCAGAGAAGCGCUCUGUCUUUACUGCCUUGGAAACAGGACGCUUCAAGGCCUCAUCUCAGGAAAGCAUCAACAACAGGCCUAACAACCUGCGCCUUAAAGGGUCAGAUCAGCUCAACAAGCACGGGCAGGGGGCAUCCGAAGACAACAUCAUUAACAAGUUUGGAUCAUCUGCUAAGAUGACCAAAAGGAAAAACAAAGACCUCAAAAAGACCAUCCCUGAGGAUGUGCGUAAAAUUUAUGAGACCUUCCGAAACUACUCCUUGGAUGAAGAAAAAAAGGAAGAGGAGUCAGAGAAGAUGUGUAAUUCUGAUAACUCUUCUAGCACUGCAGUACUGACCGACUGCAUCCAGCAGCACUCGGACCUGGAGAAUGGAGUGAUCCCCAAUGAAACCAAAGAAAGGGAACGUGAAAACAAAGCGCUACUUGAAGACAGAAAUUUAAUGUAAAAGAUGCCUGACUUGAAUUAACAAAGUUAGUGUUUUUAUAUACAUAUAUAUAUUGAGACACGUGCCUUAUACAGACUCCUUAUUCAGUCUGAAUUAUAUAGCAUCGAAGAAUAUUUCACUGUGCCAUAAAGACUCAAGCUUGCUCUGCCAAAACAAUUCAGGAACACAGCACUGCAGAAUGGCAACAGAAAGCUACGCACAUGGAAAUUUCAGCCUGUAUAAGAUUACCAGGGCAAGACGCAAAGGAAGAGACUGAACCAUGGCAAU